CCCCUCAAAGUCACAGUCUUUGCUGGUCUUCUUGGCAAUCAUGAGCUGUUAGCUGGAAGGAGAUGCUAAUGAAAGACCAGGCAGUUGACACCUGUGUGUCCUUGUUCACCUCUGGGCCAGGUCUGUGAGAGUGCACUGCUGGGAAUCACCUGGAUUCAUGGGUUAUAGGCCAGAUUGCACAUAUGGAGAAUCAUGAAAUGAUUCAGUCAUCUUCAAAGCAGCUCUUCUCUUAGGAAACGCAGCCAACUCCUCACGUCUCGGAGGCCCAGCAUGAACAUUAACUGUGCUGGUGGGACAGACUCGUCAAGAAAACUGGAGGCCAGUUGCUCCGUGGAAAACAUAACUGUAUCAGUCCAUGAGUCAGAAGAAAAUAACGUGGUGCUAGGAGGUCGCAGCCCCUCUUCAGGUCCGAGGACUCCGCUUUCCUGUUCAGAUCCCGAAUGCCGGCACAGUGCUUGUCCAGCGAGUCCCCAGAUCAGUAGCAUGUUGUCCGCUUCUGAAGAUACACACAACUGCCAUUUCCAAGAUGGGAAUAAAAGACAGCCAGAAUAUUUUAAUACCCAGGAACGCCACGGAGGCAGCGCUUUGUCUUCAAGCAUCAGUUCACAAACACAGGCUCCAGAGAAAGUGACCCUUGUGGUAGAUGGCACUCGAUUUGCAGUGAAUCCACAGAUUUUCACUGCUCACCCUGAUACUAUGCUGGGAAGGAUGUUUGGACCAGGAAGAGAAUAUAAUUUCACACGGCCAAAUGAGAAGGGAGAAUAUGAAAUCGCAGAAGGAAUUAGCUCAGCUGUGUUCCGGACCGUGCUGGAUUACUACAAAACGGGAAUCAUUAACUGCCCUGAUGGGAUUUCAAUCCCAGACCUUCGAGACACAUGUGAUUACCUCUGCAUCAACUUUGAUUUCAACACAAUCAGAUGUCAAGAUCUAAGUGCUUUGCUACAUGAGCUGUCCAAUGAUGGUGCUCACAAGCAGUUUGAUAGCUAUCUGGAGGAGCUAAUUCUGCCUAUAAUGGUGGAUAGCGCCAGGAAAGGGGAACGUGAAUGCCAUAUCGUCGUGCUGACAGACGAAGACACGGUGGACUGGGAUGAAGAUCAUCCACCUCCAAUGGGAGAGGAGUACUCACAAAUCCUUUACAGUUCCAAGCUGUACAGAUUCUUCAAGUACAUUGAGAAUCGCGACGUUGCAAAAGCUGUAUUAAAGGAACGGGGUCUGAAAAAUAUUCGCAUUGGCAUUGAAGGAUAUCCCACCUGUAAAGAGAAGGUGAAGAGGAGGCCUGGUGGCCGGUCGGAAGUGAUAUACAACUAUGUUCAACGGCCAUUCAUCCAGAUGUCGUGGGAAAAGGAAGAGGGCAAAAGCCGCCACGUCGACUUCCAGUGCGUUAGGAGCAAAUCUCUAACAAACCUAGUCACUGUGGGUGAUGACGUUUCUGAGGACCACGAGAUACUAAUGCAUCACCCCCCCCAGGUAGAUGAACUGGACAGGCUAAAUGCACCGUUCUCCCAAAUGGCUGUUAACGAUCUACCAGAUUAGUCAUGGCUCAGGGCAGAUAGGCCUACUUGGAAACAUCUCAGCAUAGUUCCAUCACGGGUGAUGGAACACAAACUCCUGCAAGGUGCUUUAUCCUUGUUCAUGCUCUUACUACAUUGUCUUAUUUCAAGCAUGUUAAUAAAGAGCCACACUCCCUAGCCUAACCAUGCAAUCAAAAGCAACGUCUCCUCAAACAGAAAGAAAUGACGCUGUUUGCUUCCACUCCAAAAGCGUCCAGAUUGGUGGGUGCUGAAUCUUUUACCUAAACUCCUAAAAGAAGAGUAGAAGUAUUUAGAAUCACCUUGUUUGAUACGAGAGAGGAAAUUCCAGGCCUGUCAAGACAAAGCUUGCUUUUACCAUUAGGCCCUUAGGUUUGCUUUUGUGAUAAUCAGUUACAAAGGACCGAAAAUCAAAGCAAGACAGAUUACACCCCUUCAUCAACCAGCAGAAAUGUAGCACCGUUGUGGCAGCAAAAUACUGAGUGUGGGGGAAUCUGUUAACACUGCCACCUGGCUUUGCAUCCAGUGUGUUGUACUGCUGUUCUCCGGAAAGACGGAACUAGUUUAAUAGGAAGCGUGUGCCUGUUCACAGGAAUUUCCCAUAUAUACUUCUGCGUAAGAGGGAAUCGCACUGUUUUUAGGGAUAUUGUUUUUGUUAAAUUCAGUAAAACAAGAAUUGUUGCUGAAGGAAAAAGCCAAAAAAAAAAAAAAAGACAAGACUGUAGUUGAUAUUUUACAAACUAAGUAAAUCUGUUGAGUAGCGAAAUAGAUGUAAGAAGCUCUCUAGAGGGAGGUGACUGUGCACGUUGAAGACUUGCAGUUUUCUCCUCCAUCCCCCUGCUAAGACAAAAGCCAGCGGAGGAGCUCUCAGUGUAGGAAGGUUAAUAGCCAAGUAAAACCCUUGGUCCCAUCAGCCUUAGUCACAGUUUCUACUUUCCAAGGAGCACUCCGCUCACAGGGCCCGUUGCAGCUCUGAAAGGCCAGCUACUUUCUUCCCAGUUUGGAACCGAUUGGACCAUUUUGCUGUCAGGCAGGUAAGAAAUACCAGUAAUAAAGCAGCCUUCAAUAAGGAAAAUGCACGUUAUCUGGAGCAACUCUCCGCUGCUGCUCUGAAUAUAUUGUAGUAGUCUGCGGUUAAGGCUUUGUUCACUUUGGACUGAGUGCUAAGGGAGCUGUGACCACAAGCAUGUGAUGUAGUAUAGCCAUCCUCCGAGCUGGUUUAACUCAGCUAGCUAUCUUAGAGACUUGCUUAACCCAGCAUUUAGCACACGGUGUUCAGCGCUGCCAGGCUAACUGGAAAAGGCCUGCCUUACCCAGCUAUAGUUUUUCAUGGUGGUAGAUUUUCCGUACCCGAAGUAGAGUUAUAGCCAACUUAGGCCUGAUGGUGGUGCAAAGACGACUUGAAACCCUUAAAAACAAAUACAUAAAAGGAGAGAGAGCGUUUCCAUGCAAAGUUCCCAAGUUCAGGUCACUUCUGCUCUCGCAGUUGACUGCUGUUAAAACCUGUACCAAGUAGACAUCGAGUUACCUGGUUGUACGUAGCAAAAUAGAGUCAGGUUAUCAGUCUGCCCCUAAAUAUUUAAUCCUUUGUUGUCAGGGUUGCUUCAUCAAGCAGACUUUCAUUGUUCUUUAAAGAUCUGUCUGCAAAAAGAGUAAGAUAGACUUAAUAGUGAUGAUUGUUGCUGUUUUGGUGCUACAGACAUUUGCUUUUCUCAGUGUAAGUAACAUGACGAUAUCAAGCACAAGUUAUCUUAAAGAUUUAUGAAUGCUACUUUAGUUAAAAAGUAAACUAAAUCAUCUCUGCCAAUGCA